GUGGUUCAAAUCAAAAGGUGUGUUCUCUCUCCAGGGAGCUUCAUCUGUUCACCAAGAUCAGAAACUUUACAAUGUUUGUGCAUGAUUGAUGUCAUCAUAUGUGACUGUUGUGUGGAGCAAACCUACUUGUUGCAUGUAAUCAGGGUUGGUUUUUGUUUUUCGCUAUUGUCUCAGUUGUUGUAGCUAGCAAGGCAUUAUGGCAGAGUACACUCUGGAGGUGAAUACAGGGAGCUCACUGCAUGCAGGCACACUUGAUAACUUGUAUGUUACCCUGAUCGGCACUGAGAGGCAAUCUGAACGCACUCAGCUGACCAGCUUUGGACUGAAUGAUACUAAAAAGGUGGGAACGUAUACUGUGACUACACUGUUUUCUUUAGGAUUUCUUCUGCUCCUCAAGCUGGAGAAAGAUCCUUUCCUUGAAUCCCCAGAAAAGGAUUGGCUCUGCUCCACAGUACUGGUGAAGACACCUAAGGAGGAUGAAAUUCUCUUCCCCUGUCACACUUGGCUGUCCAGGGGGGAAUCUGUGUGGUUGAGAGGGGGAAGAGCUACAAAAGCUUUUGAAGAUCUCCAUCCUCGACUGGUAGACCAGCGGAAAAAAGAACUGGUCCAACAAAAAUUAAUGUACAAAUGGAGGAAGUAUGCAGAAGGAUUGCCAUACAUCUUAAACAUCGAUGGUCAAACAGCUGUUCCUGCAGAAAUCAGCUUUUCAUUCUCAAGAGCCUUUGAAAUAAGAUACGAGUAUGAAGCAGGAUUAGCUGAGCUCAAACUGAAAGACCUGAUAAACUCUACUGAGCAAUUUGAAAGCUUUGAGGCCUUUAAGGAGUUCUCAUGGUUCAAAAAGGCACCCAUCCCAGAGUAUGUGUCGGAGCACUGGAAGGAGGAUGACUUUUUUGGAUACCAGUUCCUUAAUGGUGUCAACCCCAUGGUGAUCCAACUAUGUUCAAAGCUGCCCUCCAACUUCCCAGUAACAGAGGAAAUGGUGAAACCUUUCCUGGCCAACGGAAGCUCUUUGACUGCGGAGAUGGAGAAGGGCAAUAUAUUCAUUAUUGAUUAUAAGAUCAUGAAAGGUCUACCCACACGAGUUAUUGAUGGUAAACCAUUAGCUUCGACAGCUCCUCUCUGCCUGCUGUACCUUAACCCAGAGAAGAAACUACUUCCCAUUGCAAUUCAGCUCCAUCAGCAGCCCUCAGAGGACAACCCAAUUUUUCUGCCAAGCGACUUGGAAUCUGACUGGUUGCUGGCCAAGAUUUAUGUGAGGAAUGCAGAUGCCAUUCACGGCAGCACAGUCAGCCAUUUGCUGAGAGUUCAUCUACUGGCAGAAGUUUACACACUUUCAACACUUCGCAACCUCCCAAUGAAUCACCCCCUGCACAAGUUGUUGAUCCCCCAUCAUCGAUAUACCCUGCAAAUAAACAUCAUUGCUCGUGCUCGUUUAUAUGGCCCUGGUAGAUUCCUUGGAGAAACUUCAAUUGGAACAGAUGGAGUGGAAGAACUGAUGAGAAGGGGGCUUGCUCACGUGACCUACACCUCCCUCUGCCUGCCUGAAGACAUUGCAGCUAGAGGACUGGAGUCCAUCCCCAACUUUUAUUUCAGAGAUGAUGGAAUAAGGGUUUGGAGCAUCAUCAACAGCUUUGUAAAGGCAAUGGUGGCCUAUUAUUACUCAUCUGACAGUGAAGUGUCUUCAGAUUCCGAGCUCCAGGAAUGGAUCAAUGAGAUCUUCCACUACGGAUUUCUAGGAAGACAUGACUCAGGAAUCCCUUCAAGCUUUCAAACUGUGGAAGAACUUAUCAAGUUUGUCACGAUGGUGGUCUUCACAUCAACAAGUCAGCAUGCAGCAGUGCACUCCGGACAGUUUGAUCUUCAGGGUUGGAUUCCUAAUGCUCCAAUUGUGCUGUACCAUUCUCCUCCAACAACGAAAGGACAGUCAAGUAUGGAAGCCAUUUUGGCAAAUCUGCCGAACAAAUCAACUGCAGGAAAAUCCAUUUCACUUUUGUGGCGGUUCAGCAGGAAGUACAGUGAUUUUUUAUCUCUGGGUACUUAUCCAGAGCAACGCUUUGAAGAGCCUGCAGCCUUACAGAUGAUCAAGGAUUUUCAAGCAGAGCUAUCCUCCCUCAGCGUGACUAUUAGCAAUCGCAACACAGAGCUGGAGCUGCCUUAUAAUUACUUGAACCCAAAAGAAAUAGAAAACAGUGUAACUUCUUGACCUACAUUAUUUCAACAGUGGUAAAUGAGAUGUUCCAGCUAUCGUGUCCAAUGUAUUGCAAAUAUUGUGUAUCUAGUGCAGUGAUUCCUGUACUAUACUUGAAAAUGUAAGCUUAUCCUUAAAAUAAAGAUUUAUAUGGAUGAUGUA